AUGGCUUCGGUACUCGAAAUGCGUCGAAUUGUCGAGGCAAAGGUGCAGACAAUGAUUCGACAGAAUCCCAAGCCAGUUGAAGAGAAAAAUGCGGCGGUUGCGAAAAAAGAUGAUGAAGACCAAUUUAUUACGGAUGACAAACAGAAGGAGAAUUUAGAAAUCAAGCCGAGCAGUUUUGGCUGGCGGCCGAUUUAUUCACGGGUUGACAUUAACUGUGAUAAAUGGCUUUUGACACUUGACGAGAACUCAAGGGAAAAACUCGAAAACCCACCGUCGCUUGCUGACGGACUAUCAAAAGAGAUUGAAGCGGAAUUACGCUAUCUAGGCUGCGAAUUGAUUCAGCAAGGAGCUAUAAUGCUGAGAUUGCCGCAGACUGCCGCCGCCACCGGUCAAAUCAUUUUUCAGCGGUUUUAUUAUCAGAAAAGUUUUGUGAAAUACUAUUUCGAGCAUGCCGUCAUGGCGUGCCUUUUGCUCGCUUCAAAAAUCGAAGAAGAGCCCAGAAGGAAUCGAGAUGUGUUCAACGCGUUCCACCGAUUGGAGAAGCUUCAUCGGAUUCAGCAGCACGGUCAUCCAAUAACAAAAGAAACCACUCGCGGCCUCAAAGUUCCACUUCUUGAUCAGACCUAUGUUCGAGCUAAAAAUAAUAUGAUUUUAAUGGAGAGGCGAAUAUUGGCAACACUUGGAUUUGUGGUUCAUGUCAAACAUCCACAUCGAUUGAUUGUUGCUUAUUGUCAUGCGUUGGGCUUGACGAAUUCCAGGAAUGAUGUGCUCCAGAAGGCAUGGAGCUAUAUGAACGAUGGGCUUCGGACUGACAUUUUCAUGCGUUACACGUCUGAAACUAUUGCUUGCGCUUGUAUAUUUCUGGCUGCUAGAACGGUUGACAAUCCAAUUGCGCUGCCGUCGACCCCAUUUAAUUGGUUUGAGGCGUUUGACACGUCGGAUCGCGAUGUGCAGGCGAUUUCGAUGCAACUUUUGCGUUUGUACUCGAGGAAGCGCAUACCGAACUGGCCGCGAAUCAACGCCGAGCUGGACAAGCUUCGUGAGGCGAUCAACAAAGGAAAAGCGGCCGAGAAGGCGAAAGAGUUGGCUGAGAAGUUUGAGAAGGCGAAUGCCGAGGAGAGGAAGGAGAAUGGCAAUCGAAAAGAGUCGCCGGAGAGGGAUUCGAAGCGCGAUAGGCAUCGCGAGCGCGAUCGUGAUCGCAAGGAGAAGUCGUCGAGGCGGAAAUCGGCGGAACGCGAUCGCGACUACGGUCGCGAUCGAGAUCGUAAGGAUCGGAGGAAGGAUCGCGAUCGGAAUGAGCGACGAGACAAGGAUCGGAGAGAGAAGGAUCGAAGGAAGCGGAGCAGGAGUCGAAGCAAGAGCAGAGAGCGUAAUAAGGAAAAGAGCAAGAAUCGUGAUCGUGACCUCAUCCUUGGGAAGCGGUAUCGCCGCGAUUCCCCGUCGCCGAUUCGUUCAAAACGAUAA